AUGUUCUGUUUCCAGUGUGGAAAAUCUCCCGUGGUAUUCCGUGGAUUAUGCAACGACUGUGUCGACAAAAUGAUUCCAAACUCAGUGCCUCCUCCAAAAAUCAGACCUCCAACUGGCCAAUUGACCUCGGCUCAAGAGGUUCUCCAAUCUAAACGGCAAGAGGCAAUCCAAAGGGCCAGAGCGUUAUACUCCAAUCCAAUCACCACACCUACUGUCCCCAGCCCACUCGGCCAGUCCAUGGCAUUUCCUAUUGGCGUGAACCCAGUGGUGAAUGGAUUGACAGGCAGCAGUCAAACUGUGGUCCCUGCGGUCUUGAACCCUGCAUACGAAUCAGCCCAAGCAUCACAUUCCAUGGCAUUUCCUAUUGCCGUGAACCCAGUGGUGAAUGGAUCCACCGGCAGCAGUCAAACUGUGGUCCCAGCCAUCUUGAACCCUGCAUACGAAUCGGCCCGAGCUUCAAGAGUCUCGAAAACUCAACCUUACCCAAACAACCGAGUCGGACGUACAGUUGCAAGAAGAGCUCCGGCAAGUAAAGGUGCCCUACCUGCUACGAAUCCUCCCGAUAAGAUUUCGGUCCAAUGUGGCUUUGAGAUGUGGGCCCGAGGCAAAUAUGCCCCUUCGCAAUCGGUCAUUCGAAGCAAUCAGUUUGUGCUCUGGUCAAAUCCUGAUUCUUUUCAAGAGCUGAUCGACACGCUCUGCAACAAGUUCAAUGGUAAAGUGGAACUCCGGACAAAGAUGACUGAGGACAGGGAAAUGUUUGGUGUUGAGCACUUCAGUUUUUGUCGGUUAGGCACCAAGAAAGGAGGAUCUGUUGAAGAUUACGAAUUGUUUGUCGAGUUCUUAAGGCGGGAAAAGGCGAUCGACUUGAUUUAUGACCGGGACACCUUUGAACGGCACACCCUUGAUGAAGAAGAACAAGAAGGAAUUGACGCUCAAGCUGCACGAUAUGCUCUCCGAUCAGGAAAGGACACUGAAUAUCAUGAAGAUUUGCAUUCAGACGCUGAAAGUGACAGCUCUGAAUCCAGUCUUCCUUCGACCAUUUUCACAUCUGCAACCGGUUCAACAUCGACCACAACUUUACCCCAGAAUCGAUCAACUUUACCUCCUCCUCCAAGUCUACCUUCUUUAUCAUCAGCAACCCGGUCAACUCCAACCACUAAUUUACCUCAGAAUAAAUCACUUGUUCCUCCUCCCUCUCAGCUGGUGGUUCGGAACGACCACGAUGAACAGCCAAAAUUCUCCUCAGUCAUUCAACAAGAGACCAACCCCCAUGUUGAAGCCUUGAAGAGAAACUUGGACGAUGAACUUGUGAUUGUUAGGAUCCUCCCACCUUGGCGAGCCGAAACAAUCUUGGAUCCAAACAAUUUAUCAUGGGAGAGAUUUGGGAGCAUGGAGAACUCCUUGUCAUACCGAGAUGCCGACAACUCUGACUGGGUUGAUGGAGUUCUAUUCAGCCUGGAUCCUGAUGGUCUCAACAUGCCUCAGAAUAUUUGUCUCUACCGUGUUAAUUAUAAUAAAUGUUUCAAGGUGAAAGAGACAACCAAAAUCAUAGCAGCCAAGGUUUUUGACUCUGGAACAGUUUUUCCCAUGGUAGCCGAAUACUCUCGAGUCCGCAAGGAUCUAACAUGUGAUUCAUAUGCAUAUGUACCAAACUAUUGGCUGAGGACCUAUGCGGUUUCCAGGCAAUUCCUGGCUCAAUUCUGUCAGGCUAUAAGUCAGUCGGCAGGUGGGACAAUUAUUGGGCGGACGGCAAAAAGGUUACGUAUUGUCGAUGGAUUUCCUGUUCACCAUGACAUCUUUACUCGACCAAGACAUGAGGAUAAAUACGUUCCUGGUCAGGAUGAUGAUAUGUUUGAUUCCACUGAAGAACCCAACUACCCUCUCCGGUCCGUCAAUAUUGACAAUGAACCAUCUCGAGUGUUCUGGAUGGAAGAAGAAAUCACCGGCGGCUAUACUUGCCUUUUGUCAAUUGAAAACGAUGUCUACUUCACCGGUGAACCUCGCUCUCCCACCGAAUUUUUGCUCCACUCGUUUCAACACUGGGUCUAUAAUCAUACUCGUGGCCAGCUCACCAUUCGAAAAUUUAAAGGCCACGGUACCCUUCUUUCCAAACCACACAUUGUAGAUUUGAACACCAAGUCUAUGUGGAAGAAUAAAUAUGCCAAAGAGUACAUGGAAUUAUUUCUCGAGAAGCACAAGUGCAACAAGGUGUGCAAAGCCCUUGAACUACCCGACUUGGUCGAAAUCCCUUGGUUCCCGCCACCCAGUGCCCCGGACGACUUUGCCAAUGACCUGGGCAACUUUUGCCGAGCCACCGUCAACACUGCUCAAUCCACCAGCAACAACCCACAAACCGCCUGCGAGAUCAGUCAAUCCAGCAGGGUCAGCCACCAAUCCACCAGCAACAUCAGUCAAUCCACAUGCAACAUCGGACACACCUCUGGUAACACUGGACUAACCAAUGAACCAACACCUGGCCCUACGGAUGAGGAUCUGGGGCUGAUCUCAGUUGUCAGACUGGGCACCCAGGCGCUGAGAGCCUGGCCCCAUAAGGAAUCCAACGCUAGGAACGCGACCGAUCCGCUGGAUCGAUCGCUAGUUAGGGUAGCUAGGAACGCGACCGAUCCGCUGGAUCGAUCACUCGUCAGGGUAACAAAAACCGCCAUCGAUCCUCUGGAUCGAUUGCUAUUUAGGGUAGCAAAAACCGCCAUCGAUCCUCUGGAUCGAUUGCUAUUUAGGGUAGCCAAAACCGCCAGCGAUCCGUUGGAUCGCUCGCCCGUGUGGGUAGCUCAAACCGCGAACGAUCCGUUGGAUCGCUCGCCCGUGUGGGUAGCUGAGCCUCAAAACAAUCAGUUGAUUGUUCCCCUGCAAGAAAACCGUGCCCAAAAAAUGACCAGGAAUGCCCGAAGGCGACUCCUCAAAGCCAACCCGAGCCUCAAAAAGGGCCCCUUGGCCAAUGGAAGCCCUGAUCAGCUUGUUCGGCGCAAGGCCGGCAACCAUCAGGGUGAAAGUUGGCCAUGUGCGGUCCGUGCCUCAUCCACUCAAAGCAAGGGCCCCUUGGCACAUGGAAGCCCUGAUCUGCUUGUUCGGCGCAAGGCCGGCAACCAUCAGGGUGAAAGUGGGUCAUGUGUGGUCAGUGCCUCAUCAACUCAAAGCAAGGGCCCCUUGGCACAUGGAAGCCCUGAAUCGCUUGUUCGGCGCAAGGCCGGCAACCAUCAGGGUGAAAGUGGGUCAUGUGUGGUCGGUGCUUCAAGUGAGGAUGAUGAAAGUGAGGAUGAUGAGCCACUUUGGAAUCGCCUUGUACCUCACUUCAUCCUAGAGUAUCAUUCCUUCCAAACGUCUCCAUCUACUCCAAUAUUCGACAAACUGUGUGAUGUGAUCCAAACGCUCCAUGCCAUGGCCAGAUAUCGCCCACCUAACAAACGAAAUACCAAACGACUCAAUGGUGAAAUGCAUCUGAUAGGAUUCCGCCCAGGAAAUGACGAUGGCAAGUCUGGAGGUACUUAUGUACGCAACAAACUUACCCCUGCUCAAACUGCCGAAGACGAUGCAAACUGGGCCAAGCUUCAAUCCCACAACGACUUCCUUGCUGGCAGGAUGGAAGCUCUCUCUCGAACCGCCUUCCUGGAAAAUCAAGCCCUGAUGCAAGAAUACGGAAUCCCUAAUUGGACUCAGGAGGAGUGGACUGAAAUGAAGAAUGAAGAUCGUGAACACCUCAAAUUUGCUGCAAAUGUUUCCGUCACAUAUAACGAUUUCUACAACCAAGCCCAUCAAGAUGAGAACGACUUAAAUGGAUGGACCUAUGGUAUAUUUGCUUAUAUUGAUAAGUCAACUGGGAGGCCCAUUCCUCCUCCUUCCUCCGAAUUAGACUACCAAGUUUGA